AUGUACAUAUAUGAACAUGCAGACAAGUUGCUGCGCCUUCUAACCCCAAUCGCGAUCGGCUUGACCACCUACCUCUACCUCUAUCCACUUUUCCACGGAUGUGCCUUCCCAUCGAGAGAUGCCUCGCCUGUCACCGCACUCACUGAGGCAUUCAAGCAACACUGGGCCCCUUUGGGUGGCUUAGACGUCCAUCCAGACCAUGCGCGAGUCCCUUUCCGAUUGCUAGCCCUCGCUGAUCCCCAGCUUGAAGGUGACAGCUCCCUUCCCAAACCCGAGGAUGGGUUGAUCCCUAAGCUAAGGCAGCAUUGGGCGAAGCUGUCCGCAGAAGACCCACAACAUUGGCUGUCUUGUGCAUACGAGAGCGUGCAAGAGGUGGUUCUGGAAGACCUACCCGAGGCACUGCUGGCCCUCCGAAAACGACUUGAUCUAUUUGGCAAUGACUACUAUUUGGGCCACAUAUAUAGAACGCUUCACUGGUGGACGAAGCCUACGCACGUGGCUGUGCUUGGAGAUCUGAUCGGCAGCCAAUGGGUUACGGACGAAGAGUUUGCAUGGAGAGGGUGGAGGUUUUGGAACAGAGUCUUUGCAAGUGCGCAGAAGGUGGAAGACGAUGUCACAAGUCUGAGCGCUAAAGACCAAGAAGCGAUUUUCGAGAUGCAUGAUGCGCAUUGGAAUCAACGGCUGAUCAAUAUUGCCGGUAAUCACGACAUUGGAUAUGCUGGAGACAUUUCUCGAGGUAGGAUCGACCGCUUUGAGAAGGUCUUUGGGAGAGCCAACUGGGAUGUUAGAUUCCGAUAUCCUGGGCUUAAUAGUACCGAGCCCACGACUGAGACGGAUAUCCAGCCAUCGUUGCAUCUGAUUGUCUUGAACAGCCUUGUUCUGGACUCCCCUGCUCUGUCAGAGGAUAUCCAGACCGAAACUUUUGAGUACCUGAACGACCUGAUCUCUCACCGUCUGCGCCCCGUGGAAGACCCUUCGUCUUUCACCCUCCUGCUCACGCACCUGCCGCUCCACAAGAAAGAAGGAACGUGCGUCGAUGCCCCCUUCUUCGACUAUUGGGGCGACGACAACGGCGGUGGGGUUUUAAAGCCUCAUGGGGUGAGAGAACAAAAUCAUCUAAGCGAGCAGACGAGUCAGAGGGGCACUUUGCAGGCAUUGUUCGGCAUGAGCGGUGAUAUUGGUGCGCCAGCUCAAGGCAAGGGGAGAAGGGGCCUCAUCCUGACAGGUCAUGACCACGAAGGCUGUGAUGUCUGGCAUUUCAUACCUUCUGAAUCUGUCGGAUCAACAUUAGAGAAUGGCGGCGAACAGCAGCAGACUUCGUGGGACAGCUGCAAAUGGCAGCACGCCAAUCACAGCAGCGCACAUACUGGAAUUCGAGAAAUUACGCUCCGAAGCAUGAUGGGGGAUUACGGGGGCAAUGCCGGACUCCUCAGUGCUUGGUUCGACUUCGAAACGAGCGAAUGGAAGUACCACAUUCAGAUGUGUGGUCUGAACAUCAAGCUCUGGUGGGCCGUCCACGUCGUCGACCUUGUCGUUCUGUGCCUUUUUGGUGUUGCUCUUUGCCAUCGUCCCCAGCGUACCCUCAGGAAAUCUUCAACGGAAAGAUCAGAUGUCUCAGAUUCAAAAUCUAAAUGA